UUCCCACAUCCUAGGCCGCCCCCGGCUUGCAGGGAACUGAGGCCCAGAGAAGAGGCACCCAGCCAAGGUCACACAGGCAGUGAGCAGGGGCCAGACCCUGCCUCGGGCCUCCCCAGCCCUCGGCCACUGGCUGCGCUUCCCGCUACCCGGAUUCUCGGUGAAGCCGGUUCUCCUACACUCUUUCCAGACCUCUCCACCAGGUUCCUUCUGCUCCUAAAACCUUUGAUCUUCCCUUCCAACGGAGGCCUGCGCUUCUAGGCCUCCCAGAUACAACAGAGUGGUUUUGAUUCUUACUUGCGUGGUUAGUAGUCUUAAGUGCUGCAGGUGGCUUUGCAUGGAGGAGCGUGCAGGUGAGCAGGGAGGGUGGGUGUUGGUGGGGGGAGCACUGAUGGCUCCAGCCGCGGAUGGGUAGUGACCACCUGUUCUGUGUGAGGCAACCCGGAGGUGCGCCCUUCCCUGGCAUGUGCCGAUAGAGGGCUGGGCAGAAGUUAUUGAAAUAUUUCUGUGAGUUCACCUUCCUAAGUUCCAGUUAGAGUAGUAUCAGUCACUCUCCUGAAAAUGGAACUGGCCCUCCUUAGUACUGUGUAGAUUAGUUUUUACCUGGAAUUUUCACCAUCUUUAGGGAGCCCUGACUUGGGCGCCAGAGAUACCUCAGUUCCAGCCCCAUCUUCUCUGGCCGGUAGCAUGAUACUGUGCCAGUAACGUGGCCUUUCUGAAUUUGAAUUUCCUCAUCUAUGUAAUGUGGAUGAUGAUACCCACCCCCCCAUAGAUGUGAGAAUUAAAUGAGAUAGUGGGUGCAGAUAGCCACAUGAAAUUGUGGCUGUUGUUUUUGCUUGUAUUCUCACCUGUAUUGUAGUUAUCUAAAAUAGAUGUGUGCUAUUUUUAACCCAUUGGUUUGUCCCUCCUGUUGUUAACCUAGAUUUUCUCUCAAGUGGUUAUUGACUGAACAAAUCAACUUGUUAGAUAAAAAUAGUCGUUUAAUCCAUGUCGAAGCACUUUGUAUAAUCCACAUCGAAACACUUUCAUCUUGUUUCAGCAAGGAAUUUGGGGUACUGUGUACUUGGUAUGUAGAAAAUCAAGUCUGGAGACCUUAGGCGUAUUUAACCCAGGUUUUGGUGAAAGGUCCCAAACCCCAACUCUUGUUGAAAUGAGGUAAAAAUCUGUAUGCGUAGUAUCACUCAGUGUCUAUGCAGCAUCAGCCACUACAGAAUGAGCAGCAAACAAGAAGCGUCACGUGCCGUUCUGGUUCAACACUUCCUCAUUGGUUGAAUUGAAAGAGCAAGACUCAGAGACACUGCGACCCUUGCUUCCUUCGGGGCCUCCAUGUUAUUACUCAUACUCUACAGAUGUGUUUCUCAGAACGGCCCCUGCCUAGUCUCUUCUGGCCUACAACUCACUGCAGCAAAGUCCCUGAAGCAAUGCUGGAACCCUCAUUAUCCUCAUUCCUCCUGGGUGGGGCCUGUGGACUCCCCACCUCAGUGUCAGGAAGGUCCGUGUUGUGGCAGGCACCAUCUGUGGGAGGGCCCUGCUCCAUUUGACAGAUAACCUCAGGCUAAGAGAGAGUAGCAUCAGAUGGAGCACCGUUCCCUUCAAAGUUCUUUUAUUCUUGCUGCCGCAGACGUGUUGUCUUUUAGGAAUUAGAAUGUACAUCUCUGGCUCCCUUCAUCAAAAACAGAUUUUUUUCUGGAUCCUGGGUGCUAUGUGUGGUGAAGGUAUUGACACUGAAAAUCUAAGAGAUGCCGAAUCUCUCUUCUGAAAGGCGCCUCCUGCCCCCAUCUGUGUGCUUUUUUUCUGAAUUUCUCUGUGGCCUGGCAGUCCUAACUGCGCGUGGGGAUACGACUUUGAGAGGAAUAGCAGGGGGAGGGGUUUCACAGCUGCGGGUGAAAACACUUAUGUCACACUUUAUAAAAAGUGCUGGGUAAAUGUAGUUGAUGUUGUGGCAGAAGCAGGGAUUUUAGGGUUCAGACCUGGAUUUGAAUCUUGGAUGACUCAUUCAACAGGUAUGGACUUAGUACCUACUGUUUGCUGAGCACUGGGUGUACAUGGACUCAUGAAGCCAGUGUGACCCCUACCUCCCGGAGUGGUACAGUCUGGUGUGAGUGGAGGGAGGCGGUGGCAGGGAGAGACCUCUUUGGGAAUUUUGUUCACUGGCUCUGUGACCCUAAAAGUUCCCUAACCUCUCUGUGCUUCGGUUUUCUCAUCAAAGAAGUGGACACACAUAACUUGUUAUUAUAGAGAUUAAAAUGAAGCCUCUUGAUUAAAGCAUUAGCAAGAGGACGCUAGUAGGUCCUCGUAAACAGAAGUCCUUAUUUUUUAUAUCUAGUACGUUGUAUCAUUUUGUCUUCACAACAGCCCUGUAAGGUAUAGACAUUGUUAGCUCCCUUUUACUGAUGAGAUGGAGAUCCAGAGAAACUAAGUAACUUGCUAAAAAGAGAUUAAGUAACUUGCCCAAAGUCACACAGCUACUAAGUGGAAGAGCUGAGAAUCAAAUCUAAGUCUCUUGACUCAAAAUCCCACACUCUUUUUAUUAUCUAAAGCUCCCUUGGGAAAGACACUUAACCACAAUGAGCUUUACUGUUCACUGUGCUUAUUUCCCAUUUUAAUUAGGAGAAUUUUCCUGUGUCCCUGCAGGAUAGCCUUACCUCCACAAGGCAGGGCAAAGCUAAUUAGAACAGUAGGAGACCACUUUUCUUAGUGUGUGCUGGGUUUGAGGGAGAGCCCCUGCCUGUCCGCCCUGGCCUGCUGCAGCCACAUACCCCAUGUGCAGGCAGCGAAGCACUUAGGGGUCUCUUUCAUUAUCUGCCGUCUCGGGCCGUGGCAGCCCGGAGCCUCGCUCUGAGGAUUGUCUGGCUGGCCUGUUCCCUUGCAUGAAUGAGCCCAUAAAUCUCCUGGAGGCCUGGGGUUGGCCCUCCUGCUGCUUGUGCUUAGGAAUUACUUACUUCAUGGGCUUAGAAAUGAGAUGCUGUGGAGGGAACCCACGUUCCAGUGCUUUCUGGGUCCCAGGAGUCACACUUUCCUUCCAGCACCUUUGAUCUUUCAACUCUGUGUUGUGUGAGGAGAGAACUAGUAUGCAGGCUGGAGGAGGGGCGCUUGCCUCUACUGUAGAAGUGACUUCUGACCUGUCCUUUCAGCUAUUUGGUGAGCCCAGCAUUCGUGUCCCCAUUUUUCCAGAGAUGGACUUGCUUUCACAGGUCAUGCAGGGGCGGCAGGAGGAGCGGUGGCCUGGUAUGAGUGAUGCCAGGGCUCAUGUUCUUUCCUGGAGACCGGCUGUCUCGGGUUUCCUUACCCCUCCUCUGUGUAGAGGGAGGGCCUGGGGCAGCACUGUGCUCGCAUGGCACGUCAGCCGUCACCAAGCCAGAAGAAGGGUGAUGAGAAGUGAUUUGCUGAGUGGCUACCUUAAUGGCUCCUGAGGUCUGAACUUCUCAGGCCGGACUGAGAAGGAAGGUCUUUUACACCGAUGUCAGCCUUUCAUUGGGAGACAGCAGGGCUGGUGGAACAAACACUAGAUCUGGGACCCAACCCCUGGGAUUAAGUCCCCCACUACCAUUUACUCUUGGGGGAACUUUGAACGAGUUACACCAUCCCUUUGAGCCUCAGUUUCCUUGCGUGGGAAUGGAGGUGCUGGUUUUUGCCCUGAGAAUUGAAGCAGAUGUUUGCGAAAGUACUUUUCAAGCUGAGUGUAUCUCGCAAUGUUGUUUUGAAAUUCAAAUUCCCAGAGAAAACGGUGGGUGCCCUAAAACCUGUGUGUGGUCGAGAGGGGUUUGUUCUGUCCCCUCCAGUCCCAGCCUUAUGAAGACAGUCUGUUCUCUUCUGUUUGCUCCUUCCUUGAGGGAGGUGAGGAUGGGAUCUAGCUGGGCUUCUGGCACAGUGCUUAGCAGGCUAAACAGCUGGUGUUGGGCGAGUUUACACCUAGAAGAGCAAUCCCUGUGAGUUCUUUGUGUCUGACCUCUCGCCUCCUGGUCCCUUGAAAUAAGAGUUAGGCAGUGUCAUUCCUUGGAGAGCCGAGGGUAGAAUUUAUCCCAGAAACUUUUCCAGCAUCUGGUUUUCGACUCGCCCUCUGCUGGUGCCAGCGGCGGGGCUACGGCGCAGCUGGAGGGAGUACGGCCUCUCGGGUGAGCUCAGGAAACCAAGAGGUGGAGUCGGAAGAGGCAGUGAGGUGGGUAAAAAAGCAGAGCCAUCCCGCCAGUGCCUUUGGGUGCCUUCUGGAUUUGGGCUGGGGAGGGUGUGAACAACUGUGGAUGCAUGUGCUGCCCUGGUCUUCCUUGGGAGUGAGAAAGAGAACUCUCGUUCUCUUACCCGGCCUCCUAACUCAGAGACGGUUUUAUGAGCCUCCCUCACCUCAUUCGUCAGAUGAGGGAAGGAGACACAGAGAAGGACUGGCUGUUGCCCGAACACCACUCUGAAGAGCAGGAAGAGGCUCUGGGCAGGGUCUGUGAGAUUCCAGAGUGUGGGCUCUUUUUCCUGUGUUACUAGCUUUUUACAAGAGGGUGAGAGGGUCCACGUAGGCCUGAGAGAACCCCACGUGAGCCUUAAACGGGAUUUGCUCUUUAUGCAGUUAUGGGUGCCUCUGUGCAAGGACACUGUCCCUUUGCUCCCCCCUGACCAUGUGUCAGCAUGGCCUCUGUCCCCAGGUGAACCCCUUGAGGCCCUUGACUCCGCCCUUGUCGGUACUAGGUGUGCAGUGUGCCUGCCGCUCAUUGCCCUUGGCCGAGCAGCGCUUCUGGGGAACAGUUCUGGCUCCUUAAGCCAGAGCGCCCUGGGCUUAGCUUAGAAAGGGGACCCAGCUCCCAGAGGGGCUCCCCCAGACCGGAUCUUUGUCUUCUGAAACUGGCAGACACUGAGAAGGCUUUGAAUAAACUUAUACUUAGGAACAGCUGUCAGCGGCUACCUCAGAUGCCAUCUCCUCCUUGAAACCUGCCCUGCAUGCAUCUAGCAUUAGUCGUUGCUUCCUUAAGAGGGAUGGAUGAGCGCAUAUUUAUUAGGCACCUGCUGGGGGCCAGGCUCUGCUGCAGGCAUUGUCAUGUGCUCUCACUGGGCCCUCACAGUGACCCCGCAGUCCUGAGGGCCAGUGCUCUUUCUGACAAGGAAGCUGAGAAGUCAGGUGACGUUCCCAAGCUCCCACGACUAGAAAGCGCUUGCGUGUUUCCCAGCCCACCAAGUGUGCAGCCCCCAGGAUUGGAAGUCCCUGCCGCUGAAGCCAGGCUGUGGACUCGGGGACUGACUAAGGUUCCUCAAAAGGAAAGUCAAGUCUUUGGUCGGCCGCAGCCCUUGCAGCCAACUUUGCUUUUCCCUGUUGCAGAGGAAGUCAAGCAAAGCGAAGGAGAAGAAGCAGAAGAGGCUGGAGGAACGAGCAGCCAUGGAUGCCGUCUGUGCCAAAGUGGAUGCUGCCAACAGGCUUGGAGAUCCUCUGGAGGCUUUCCCAGUGUUCAAGAAAUAUGAUCGAAACGGGUUAAAUGUCUCCAUUGAGUGUAAGCGAGUGUCUGGAUUGGAGCCAGCCACCGUGGCCUGGGCCUUCGACCUGACCAAAACCAACAUGCAGACCAUGUACGAGCAAAGCGAAUGGGGCUGGAAGGACCGAGAGAAACGGGAGGAAAUGACGGAUGACCGAGCCUGGUACCUCAUUGCUUGGGAAAGCAGUUCGGUUCCUGUUGCCUUUUCUCACUUCCGGUUUGACGUGGAGUGCGGGGAUGAAGUCCUGUACUGCUACGAAGUGCAGCUGGAAAGCAAGGUGCGGCGGAAAGGCCUGGGGAAGUUCCUCAUACAGAUCCUGCAGCUCGUGGCCAACAGCACACAGAUGAAGAAAGUUAUGUUAACUGUAUUUAAGCACAAUCAUGGCGCCUACCAGUUCUUCAGAGAAGCCCUGCAAUUUGAAAUCGAUGACUCUUCCCCCAGCAUGUCUGGCUGCUGUGGAGAGGACUGCUCCUACGAGAUCCUGAGCCGGAGGACCAAGUUCGGGGACAGCCAGCACUCCCAUGCGGGCGGGCACUGUGGCGGCUGCUGCCACUGAGCUCCCAAGCUAGAAUGCUCUCUCCAAGGCCUGUCCUCUCCCUGGGCUCACGCCACUGGCCAAGUGCCCUCAGAGCUGUGGCCUCCUUAGCCCUGCACGUGCCAGGCUGCAGCCUGAGAGCACAGAACCCUGGGGCGGAGUGGUCCGAGCUGCCCGUCCUCCGCUCUCCUAGAAGAACAGAGUGCCCUGAAGGAGCAGAGAGGAGAGGGUGCCAAGGGAAGUGCUGGCGGAGGCCGGGCAGGACGUGGGCCCUCUCACAGCGGCUGCCUUCUCACUCGGCCCUUGUGCCCUUGAGCAUGAGGUUCCCCAGCUUCUCUGCAGAUGGAUUCCUGACAAGCCCCCUCCCUCCCCUGCCGCACACACACUUGGACAAACGGGGUGUUUUAUACCCACCUUUAUAAAAGUCCUGGAGCCCUGGGUGGGGGUCUGGCUGGUCCCCAAGGAGGAAUGGACUGAGUGCAAGAGCUGGACAUAGAGAUAGGCCUCAGAGAGAGUCCUGUUUCGUAGCCGAAUGCUCUGAUGGAGACUGUGGGAAGGUCUUUUGUGCCACGACACUGGGAAGCAAGGGAGCUCUUCUAGCUGUGCUUUUAUGGACCCACAGUUAGUGUGGAGACAUCCCAGGGGACCGGCCGUUAGGAGGAAGGCUUCAUCCCUGUCUGCCUCGUUGUCGAUGAGAGAAUGAGAGGACCAGGAACAAGGUGUGGACGGGGGCAGGGGCGGCCCCCUGGGAAGAGAGUUGCUUCUCUGGGCUUUCGGACUUUGCUGAGUCCUAGCUGAACCUCUUGAUCUGGCAGCGACUCGAGCUCUCCCUUCACAGAAACAAGCCACCAAGCCCCUCGCCACUUGGCCUCCCCCAGCUCACCUCACCCGAUACCUCUGCUCUUACUCUCAAGGGGGAGAAUUACAUUAGGGAGCCCCUCCUCUUCCCCCUGAAGGACCCCUCGUUCCUGGCCUCCUCAGUGCUAUUGCCUCUCAUAUCUUGGUGCUGAUCGCUCUCUGAAGGUGGGGCCACCCUCCCUUUUCAGAGAGCCCCCAGCCAGCAGCAGGCCUACUGCCUGCACUCCCCAGCCUUGCCCCUUGCUGCCUCAGUGAGGCCUGGUGCCACUGCCCUGGCUGGCAGCUCCGGCUGCAGCGGGAAUGCCUCUCGGUGGCAAGAACCGCUGCUUUCCUCUCUCUCCAGUGUCACCCUGUGGCAGCGGACUGGAGCAGGGGGAGACGGCCUUCCUCUUCUCUCACAGGACAGGGAGGCUGUGGCUCAGAGCUUAUGCUCGCCCUGAUCUCUGGGCCUUGUGCCCCUUCCGGGGAAGACAAUGACCAAAUCCUUAUCCAGGAAAAACCACCUGCCACCUCCCCUUGGACAUCCUUGAGCUCUGCUCUAGGGAGUGUCUUAAAGGUUCUAGCCUUUGUGAAGUUGCUCUCUUGGAGGUCUGUCUGUUCUGACCUCAGAGUCUGCUCAGACCCCACCCUCUGCCCUGACUCAGGUGGUCUCUGCUGGUGGGUCUCCCCGGAGCUGAUUUCACUUCCCCACUUUCCUGCUCCUGCAGGGCCCUGCACACAGGGCCACCUCCACCCAGCCCGGCCCUCCUCAGAGUGCUCUGUGUUGCUCUUGACCCCGCCGCGGCCAGCGGACGUGGCACUCCCUCGGGGAGGGCCUCUCAGCUCUACACUGGAGUAAGCCCGCCUCUGCCCCUACCUUCCGUCUCCCGGGGGGAUUCUGUGUGUGGGGAGGGGCGGGGAGAAUUUUAAAUUGCUGGGAGGAGGCCAUUGGUGGGCUCCUUCCAAGAAUCAUGGAAUGACAGAAGCACGUUUAGGAAUUUUUUCCUCUGACCCCUGUCUGUCGACACGGAACAGGUAGAUAUUGUCUUAGAUCAUGGAUUUCUGAUACCUCCCACUCAAGGGGAUCAAAAGGAAUCCCGCUGUAAAUUCCUCAUAAGGUGAGUUCAGUGUAUGUUGUCUCUCCACUCCUUGGACACCUGCCACUGAGCCCACGGGUAGAUGGGAGUGCUUGGUGCCGCAGCCUGCGCUCGCAGCCUCUGCCAGCCGUCUGCUGCAGGGGGCUCGGGGGGGCAGCGCUGGGGCAGGAGACCAGCAGCUCCCUCUGUUUCGGUGUUGAGCCCGUUCACUCAAACAUGUCUUUCUCCACUUUCCCAGGUCUUGGUUUUUGAGAAACAGAGCAGGCCUUUUGUUCCCCAGCUUUUUUGUGUGUGUUUUGUUUGGGGCAUGUUAAAAUAUUUUUCAAGAUUUUUUUUUUUUUU